AUGUCGAUCUUGGACAACGUUUCGUAACACCGCUAUAUAAAGCCAAGUAGUUUCGACAAGUUUUAGUGCUAGUCGUAAACUUCCCCGGAAAUAGACCAACAAUGUCUCGAUUCGUUCUCGUUCUACUCGUCGCUCUGGCUAUAUUGUCUGCUGGUUCGUCUGCCCAGCAGUGCGGACUUAACGAGGAGUUCAAAUCAUGUGGAUCGUCAUGCGAACCUACUUGUGCCGUACCUAAGGCACAGGUCUGCACUUUGGAAUGUAAAACCGGCUGUCAGUGCAAGAAUGGAUUCCUGAGAAACAGCGAAAACGAAUGUGUCACACGUGAAAACUGCUAGCAUUGCCACCAGGAGCACGGAAACACGUUUCUACCGAGUUCUCAGCCUUCUACCAGUUCCUACCAAUUUGUACUAAAAAAUAAACUGUAUGAAAAUGUGAAUAAAUGAUCGUUGAAUUUUCUGUAA